CUCCCACGCAAUUGUUCCUGUGGAACGCUUUCAAUUUAAUUCUAUUGCGCGAGUUCGCCUCGGUUUUAUUUAGACGCUUAUACGUGUGGCAAGUCUCAAAUUAAACGGAACACGCUGCAUUUUUGCUGCUUCCUGGCCAGUUCCACCCACCAGAUAAUAGGCGGAGAUUGAGACUCAUGCCGCGUUUUGUUUCAAAGGAAAAGCAAUAUAGUAUAGGAUGUCUUCUGGUUUUGUAUCCGCAGGGACGGACCAAGAGCCCGUCGAGCGCGAUGACGAAUGGCGUCGAGUGCACCAGGAACUCGAGGAGGAACGAAGGCGCAAAGCGGAUCUAGGAAAACAAGAUGGAGGGAAAAGUCUCUUUGAGAUUCUUGAACAAAACAAAAUGGCCAAACAGGAAGCUUUCGAAGAAAAGAUGAAAUUAAAGAACCAAUUCCGCUCCCUCGACGAAGACGAGAUUGAAUUUCUCGAUUCAAUUAUGGAGUCGACCCGUGCCCAGGAGGCUAAUGUAAAAAGGGAGACCGCAGAGCAACUGGAGCUAUUUCGGCGACAGCGGGAGGAGGCUGAAAAGACUCUCCUUGAGGAUACCUCUGCAGAUGUUGCAGAAGUGGCUGAGGGGGAGGACUGGAGGAUCCCUGCGCGCAAAAAGCGACGCGAAAAAAAUAAGGAGCUGCUUAUACCCGGAAAAAAGCGGAAAUCUGUGGGUGAAAAUUCCACAGAUGUCCCUAGGACGGAACAAAGCGCGAAUAAAAAAUAUAAGAAGCUUCCUGAAGAAAGCAACACAGCUGAGGAUCCUGGUUUCAAGCCAGUGGAUGACAAACCAAAACAACUGGCUCGCCAGAACGCCGCGAAAAGUCCUGUUAAACGGACGGAGACCGGAGGUUCUGCACAGAUCUUGCCCAAGCAGGCUGUUAGCCCGCCUUUAUCGUCUCUUGGCCUAGCUGGCUACAGUUCUGAAUCGGAGUGAUCCGCUAUCACUCCGCUAUCCCAAAACUUCUCUGUUAACACUAUGUACCUAGCGAGCGCUAGUCUGUACAGAUCGAGUUUGCCUUUGUGGAAUAGUGGUUUCACUCCGCUCUGGCAACACCCCAGAGCAGUCCAUGGUCCUGGGCAAGGCAAUAGUAGCUCCCAAAACACCCAUACAGUUGCCAUAAAGCGAUAAUCAUUCAGGAAGAGGCCUGCCUGGAUGUUUCCCUUCCUGGAGCGGCAGAGCUUGGAAAGUGAUCAAAUUUCUUGUGCCCCCGCCCAGAAAGCGGAAUAAGUUAAUAAACGGAUCACCCUUCCUUAGCAGGGCACGCAAUCCUAUGCCAAUCUGACUCCGAUAGAAUAGACACUCAAAUUUUGAGACUUAAUUCCAC